AUGCGGCGAUUUCGAGCCGGUCUACGCACCGAGCGGAAUAUAAUCGAUGAGCUGGGACUAGAGGAAGAGGAGGGCCGGAACGAUGCUCUUAGUGAGCUCGAGCCACUGUUGGCUCGAUAUUGUGCGGAGAGACGAUGCACGAAACGUUUCUGCGGUGCUGCUGCACCUCGUUGUAGCAUUUUGUGUUGUCGUCAACAGUUCAACGAUUGCACGAUAAAAUAUCGAUUCAGACAAAUACCAAAUAUCGCAUUAGACUUCCAAUAA